AGCGUGAGAAAACAGAGAAGCCCUUGUUGAUCAAUUUGCUUGAGAGAUCUACACCAUCAAAUUCAAGUCCGGACCAGGAUCCAUACAUCACAUGAUACAACCUCGUGGGCCAGAGGACUAGGCGACUAGGAGUAGGAUCUGCUCAUAACAAAAGGUGUACCAACGUAUCUGCAUCCACACAAUUUUUUUUGUUGUGAGCAAAUCCGGCCUCUGGAUCUACACCAUCAAAUACUGAUGACAUCUUGGAAAUUUAAAGACACAUGAGUUGACCGAUGACUUUUCAACAAUUAUUCUACAAGUAGCCUACUCAGCAGAAGCACGUCAUCAGAAUCAAGUCAAACACGCGUCAAUGGUCGUAAUGACCAUUAACACCAUUCCCUUAUUGUUGUUCUAAAAUCAAAAAUGUACAACUGCACAAGGGGCAGCUCCGGUAAUUAGCUGCUUGUCAAAUAAAACUUCUCUCUCUGCGUGCCCAACACUGCAAUACUGACUGUGAUACUGAAGCCACCGCGUCCGCGAGGGAAGAUGACGACGGAGAGGAGAAACCUGGGUGUCGUUACAGGGAUGAUUAUGGGGGAGGAUUUGAUACAGAGAGCCUGCUCCUUGGCCAUUAAUGCUCAUACGGCCGGUCGGACCUAUACACUCGAAAGACAAGCCUAUUCGUCUCAAGUCUUCUUUGCCUUCUCUGGGUCGUGGUCCGUGGAUGAUUGGUUUGCUCAAAAGUCCUUUGGAGAUUCUAAAGUCGACCUUACUUUAUUCCCUUCCCUUAGAAGCAUCGGCAACGAUGAAACAGCCAUCGUAAACCGAUCGUUUCUCCGUCGUUUUGAGACAGUGUUAAGAACGACUCAGUUCCCCAAGGAGGUAGAGAAAGCUGUGGCUGAGAAUAAGCAAAUAGUUUUUACAGGGCACUCAUCAGGGGGCGCAGUUGCCGUCCUUGCGACCAUCUGGAUACUAGAAAACUACAGACCAGAAGAAAAGCACAACCCAACUCCUCCUCUAUGCUUGACUUUUGGAUCUCCCCUUGUCGGAGAUCGGGUUUUUGGACACGCUCUCCGGCGAGAGAACUGGUCCCGCCACUUCGUCCAUUUCGUCAAUAGGUACGACGUCGUUCCUCGGAUAUUACUCGCCCCUCUUCCAUCCAUUCAACGACUACUGCAGACGAUUCUUAAUUUCUUCAACCCGAAGUCCAAAUACUUUCAUUACGAACCCCUCGGCAAGUCUCUGGAAGCUACAGAGUUCUUUGGUACCGUAAUGACGAAUGCACUGUCCGUUGCAAGUCACUCCGCCUGCUCAUUCAUGGGGUGCACCAAUUUAUUGUUGGAGACCGUCACCAGCUUCGUUGACCUCAGCCCCUACAGGCCUUGUGGAACCUAUAUAUUCUGUGCCGGGAACAAGAAAUUGGUCGCCCUCAAGAACCCAGAUGCCGUUCUGCAACUAAUGUUCUACUCUCUCCAGCUGAGCCCUGAACUUGAAGAGAACAUCGCAGAGGUUGCCUAUAAAAGUCUCGAAGGCCAUCUGAUUUACGAGGCUGAAUUGCAAGGGAGCCUAGCAAUUCAAGACGCGGUUGAUCUGGACAAUCUGGAAAAGCUUCCACUAUCCUCGGAAGGUGCGGGCAGUGAUUUGAUGAGAUCAAUUGACAUAGCCUUGAACGAUCUUGGGCUGAGCGCGAGAGCCAGGCUCUGCCUUUGUGCUGCUGGAGAAUUGGAGAAGCAAAAACUGAGAAAUCAAGCAAAGAUCGAGGGCAACCGCAGCAAGAUUGAAGAAGGGCUUAAGAUGCUCAAAGGAUACCGGGCCAAGUGUGAGGUACGCGAGUUGGGCUACUACGACGCCUUUAAACUCCAGAAGGACACAGAAGACUUUCACGCCAAUGUGAAGAGACUCGAUUUAGCAGGGAUGUGGGAUGAGAUCGUAGAGAUGUUGAAGAGAUACGAAUUGCCCGACAACUUUGAGGCAAGGAAGGAAUGGGUGGAAUUGGGGACAAGGUUCAGGCGUCUUGUGGAGCCUCUGGACAUAGCCAACUACUACCGACAUUUGAAGAAUGAAGACACUGGACCCUACAUGAAAAGGGCUAGGCCAAAGCGUUACAGAUACACCCAGAGAUGGCUCGAGCAUGCCAAUCGGAAGGAAGCAGGAUACUACUCUGAAUCCUACCUCUGGGCCAGGGUAGAGGAGCUCUGCAUGGCUACCGAAAGCAAACCUUUAGAAGAGGUCAAGCUUAUGGUGUCUGAAUUGGAGGCAUUAAUCCUGAGAGGGCUAGAAAUUGGGCAAAUAAGAAGAGACGUGUUCUUGGAGAAGACCACUUUUGUCAAGUGGUGGAAGAAACACGACCCCCUGUUCAGGUCAGAGGCUCCAACCAUUGCAGCACUCAUGGACGGGAAAGCAAGAGAACUUCCACCUGUUGAUUAGACAACACCAGCUGAUUUCAAAUAAUAACUUACCAUUUAUGCACCCACCCUUACCUUGCAAACUGUUGUGUGACCCAGACCCGAUUGCCCCUUCAGAAUUCAGAUAUGUAGAGUUUUCAGCUUGAAAUGUUUCCAACCUUUUUUUUUUUUACUGGUAUCGUUUACAAUUUGAUGAGCUAUAACGAGCAUCCUCAUCCCAAUGUCUAUCUAUCUGAAUAUGGAAUCGCCUGUCUUAACAUCCAAUUUAAGUGCAUGCACCUUGGAUA